AGUUUUAGGGGUAUCAUGGCUGCGGGACAGAACUUGGAUGUUUCGAAGAAGUUGAAGGCUGCGAUCAAAGCGAAGUUGGAGGAAUUGGGCGUAUAUGUAGAUGAUGAGCUUCCCGAAUACAUUAUGGUCAUGAUAGCGAACAAGAAAGAGAAAAAUCAAAUGAAAGAUGAUCUUAAUUUGUUCUUGGGGAAAUGCACGAGUAAAUUUGUAGACUGGUUGUUCGAUUUAUUCGAAAGACUCCAGUCAGCAGGCAGCAAGCCAGAUAGUCACUCCGGCUCGGAGAAAUCGAGCAAGGAAGUCCAAAAAGAGCCUGCAAAAGAAAAGGAACGAAAGAAAGAAGCCGAAGUCUCUACAUCAAGGAAAGAAGAUAGAAAAGAAAGCCGAAGUCAUGAAUCAUCUUCUCACCGGCAGGCUGAGGUAGAAGUUAGGAAGCGCGAUGUUGAAAAGGAGCGGGAACGCGAGAGGGACAGAGAAAGGGAGAAGGAAAGGGAAAGAGAACGAGAAAAAGAACGACAGCGACAGGCUGAAAAGGCGAAAGAGAAAGAACGGGAGGAACGCGCUAAAGAAGCGGAACGCCAACAAAAAGCUCGUGAGCAGGAGAAGCAAAAAUCACGGUCUGAGACCUCUCGCAGCCGCGAAACCGUACGCCCUACCCGCAGGCGAGCUGAGAAAGAGCGCAGAUCCCGUUCACGUUCACGUUCUAAGACAUGGUCCGAUGACGAAUUUGAGCAUGAAGUGGAGGAGCGCUCGAAGAAGGUCGCGUCUUCUGUUGUCGUACAACGUCCACUUGCUGCUAGUCCGGAACCUGUAAAGGUGUCGUCUCAAGUGCAUGUUAUGAGGAAGGUCAAGCCUGCUGUGAGUGAGAUAGAGAAGAAAACAAUGAAAGCGGGGUCGUCGAUGUUCCUCAAAGCUAUGAAUCAAGCCAGUGUUAGCGCUGGGUAUGGCGCAUCUCUUGUAGACAAAAAGAAAAAGGCGGCUCAUAGCACUACUACUCCUCGCUCACCGCUCAAGAAUAGAAUUACUCGUCCUAAUGUUGUGGAGGUGGACAGCGAUGGUGAGAACGCUUACGAUGCUGAAGUCAUAGUCGGAGACAAAUCUCGUGGUCGGCCAAACAGUCCUAAGAUAACAGUCACGCUGAAAGGUGCUAAGGAACAUAUCGGUUCUCUACGUGAUUCUAAGAAAGCAAAUCUGAAACGUCGUAAGGAGAAGGAUGAAGGAGAGACGAAAAGUACUGGUGUUGUUGUUGUGCCAGAAAAGCGUGGCCGAACCGUAGAAAUAGAUGAAGAUUUGCUGGAUCGCGAGGAGUCGCCUUCUGUACGUAAAUGGGACGGUCAAAUUCAGUUAGACGAGGAUGACUCUACCGAUGAUGAUGAGGCAAAGAUUGAUGCUGUCUUAGCCGAUGCACGUGGUGUAACAUCAUCUAUGGAUGAAGAUGGAGAAGUGCCUCCGACGCAUCAACUAAGUCGAGGCAAUAGUUGGUCAGGCUAUGCCGCUUCUCCCUCUCACCAAACGACAACAGCAGCUCCAAGUUAUGUGCCAACGCCAGUUACGAAGGAGGAGCAGGCAUUUGCGCCAGUCACCAAAAUUCCGGAAAGAUGCCGAUUUUGGCCUGCCUGUCGACAAGGUGAAAACUGUGCCUAUACACACCCCACUAAACAGUGCAUUAAUUUCCCUCAUUGCUCGUUUGGCGCUCGCUGCCUGUACAUUCAUCCGCCUUGUAAAUUUGAUCGAAACUGCACCAAUCCGAAUUGUCCAUACACUCAUGGUAGGAUUGCUGCAGCAAUGGCUCCUGUUACCGUCCCUACUCCAGCAGUUGUAGCUCCACCGGUCAAACCCGCUCCUCAACCUGUGGUCACUUCCUCUACGACCGCAUUUGCUGCUCCGGAUUCAACAAAAAUCUCUCCCGAUGUUCCUCUAUCUGCUGAGCCCAACCCCGUCCCCAGUCUUGCUUCACUCACGCCUUGCCUAUACGGCAAUAAGUGCAAGCGGCCUAAUUGCGCAUUCAAACAUCCAAAGACUUGCCAUUACGGCUCGUCUUGUAUGAAUGCCAAUUGCUACUUCUAUCACCCACCCCUUCCAAAGCCGUCUUUCGCCGCUGGAGUGGCCAAGUACAAGUGGAAGGCAUCAAGUGCGACGGCUUAACGGUCGUAUGCACGGUGUGUAGGAGUAGAAAUGUCAUUAGUACACAUCUUCUCUUUUUAUGUAUUUGCAUUGCUAAGAACUUGUUGUGUUAAUUUGUUUCUUUCUAUUAUUUACUUGUUUAUCGCAAACGUUAUCUGAGAACAGCCAACAACUGAUUUGGUUGCACUACCUAUGAGCGAGUCUAUAUGGACGCAGGAAUUUGGUUUGACAUUCCGGCGGAAACUUUGCCUGACUAUCGAAUUUGAACUGGUUGAAGCCUCAUACUCAAGAGGUCAUUUUCGUGAAAGGAGAAAGAUUGAACAAAAUCAGCUCCAUGCUUCCUAUUUAUGUAUGUCCCGUAUCACUCAGUCUUGGAUGCUUUUCGAUAGCCUAUAAAUGAAGGGUAUUGACGUGGGAUUUAGAGAGCUUAUAACACUUCUGCUUCUCACGUUCUAUCCUUUUUCUAUACAAACUGCCACUCAUCGUCUUUUUCUGUUCAAUUCUUUGCCUCUAGCUUUGUUAACAGUCACGAAAGGAUUUACUACAGUAAUUUAUUCGGGAAGGGGAACAACUUUGUUUUUCAUGAAUUUCUUUCAUUUGACUACUGAACCAUAUUGUGAAUGAGGAAUGUGUCAUCAUGCAGCAUGUGCCCGAUCGACUUGGACAUUGAUGUCGUAGUUCUGAUAGACUACGUGGAAGGUGUUGUUGUGAGAUAUCAUACCAUGUUAUUUCAACUUUUUUUCAUUAUCAUUUCUUGUUUUUGUAUGAUUUCGUCAUUUCUACCUUAUCUCGUAUCAUUUUCUUAGUGUUCAAGUUUUAGCAGAAAGAGUAAAUUUAUCUUAU